AUAUCGGACUCAGCGACCCUCGCACAACUACUCUGCUAAAUCUACACACAACAAAAAAAACUGAGAUCGCCGGCAACAAUGGCGAAGCUCACACUUCUCUUCUUCCUUUCCAUUCUCAUCUUCUCCUCAUCCAUCGCUUUCCAAUCAGACGAACUCCUCGUUGACGACGAUGAAUUUGGUCUAGAAGGAGCAAAGCCUCGCUCCACCGAUCUUCACACAUCUUCUUCUUCUUCGCCGCAGCAGCAGCAACAGACUCCAACUAUCCGGAGAAGAUACUCAGAUCCUACCGAUUUGGAUUCCAAAGUCCAAUUUACUCUCGAACAUGCUUUCGGUGACUCCGAUUUCUCCCCCGCCGGUACUUUUUCCGCUCGUCUCAAAACCUGGAGUCAUGGCGGAAAGACAUUAACGAAGCUGCGAUUCUCUAGGAAUGAUUUUUCUGCUGAAGAGAAAGAUGCGUUCAAGAAUCUGCUGAAAGGAGAUGACUUUUAUCGGAUUCGACUUCCAUCUAAUGUGGUCAGUCCACCAGGGAGAGAGUUUGUGAUUGCAUCAGUGAGAGCUAGAUGUCUACCACGGGAUGGCUUGGAUGAGCAUUUCAUUAUACACAUGGAAGGUGCCAACAUCUUGGCAGUUAGUUAUGGUUCUCCUGGGGCGUGUCAAUAUCCUCGACAGUUGAAACUUCCAGCAAAAUGGUCGUUUAACUCUCACACAAUUCUGAAAAGCAGUGAGCAGGCACCAAGAACUCCAAUAUUCACUGAGGAGAUUCUAGGCAGUGAGAAUGUAGAGGGAGAAGUUGAACCACCACCAGAGAGAUCAUUUUGGGCGAAAUAUUGGAUGUAUUUGAUACCGCUGGGACUCGUAGUGAUGAACGCCGUAACACAAGCAUCAAACAUGGCUGAAGAACCCGCAGGUGGACAGGCAGGAGGUGCACAAAUGCAACCAGCUGCUAGGAGAAGAUGAUUCCACUUUUACUUUUCCCAAAGCAAUCAAAGCUGCAGCUGCUAAGAGAUAAUGAUUCAACAGAUCUUCAUGUAGAACCAUCUUGUCAUCAUUUGGUUUUAUGUACCUUUUAAUUUUAAUCCUAGGGAGUUUUUUGGUUUCGGAUUCUCUGAAAAAAUAGCAAAGUCUUUGUCUUUUGUUUGCUGUUGUUUGCAUAGCCAAAAUUGAAGCUUUUUCUCACAAUCUUAAUGUUCUCAAGGUUAGAGUUUUGUUCCUGAUUUUGCUGAAUAUUGCAUUAGAAGAUUGUUCUGAUUGUAGUUAGGCAUGGUGGGUUAGUUUCCUGUUUUUGUUAUGUAAUACAGUUUUGAUCUUUUUUCUUUGGUGUUUGAAGAAUUGUUAUUAUUUUUGAUAAAGUUUCAGUCUUUUU